UUCACGAGUGGCACGGCUCCACGGUUCCCUUAACACUUUGGGAUAAUUUACAAGUUGUCUCCGGACACGCACUUCCAGAGCUCCGCGAAUCGAAACGACCAAAGCUUCGUAAGUUCACAGGAUAAAAAAAAAUAGAGAGAAGCUUUGUGAAAUAUUCAGCUGGAAGGCGCUCUGUCAGUGUCAUGAAUGUUUCCAAGCCCUGUGCGAGAGUGUGAAAUGCCCCAAAGAGCGCACCAUUAGGCGUUAAGAUCUGCACAUCUACACACAGAUGUCGUGGGUGGAUUUUAUAUAGUUCUUUAUCUCAGGAGGACUGUUGGGGGUUGGUUGGUGCCUUCAUUGAGCAAAAAAUUAAACCUGCAGAAAUCGUUGCCUUUCGUGCGGCAGGGUUUGUUCCUUGAAAUUAUUACCUGGAAUGACGUAGGACGUUUUUAACAUAUGCACUACAAUAAGGUGAUAGUAAAGGAAAGCCCGCAAAGCUGUUGUACCGGAGAAGUGAUUUAGAGUAUUUUCAAGGUGCUGACGAGUGGAUGGAUUUCAUCAAUAUCAUACGGUGGUAAGUGCCGCCUUUUAUGAACACGUGACACGGCCUGCACAGCAUUGGUUAUACAACUGACCACAACAAUGGCUUGAAGCAAAGGGGAAUAUUGAAAGCCAAUGACGAGACGCGCCAUAGGUCUUCUUUGCAAAAUGGUCUGGAGGCUUGACGCAGAGGACGAUUGGUUUUAAUGCCACAGGGACAGAAGAUAGACGAACAGUUUGACUCGUGGUUUGUGGCUACAUUUAAAAUGCACCAUUCGGACUACCAUUUGAACAGAGUUGUUUUUACGAGAUACGCACACAGGAUGUAUAAUAUCGAUAUCUAUCUUUAUCGAAUUCUGCCAGGUGUUUUGUUCUCGGAACAUUAAUUCUACGUCACCCAGCAACACAUGAAUCUACCUACUUCGCAGGUAAAUAUCGAGAAAAGUGCCUUAUAAACACGCCGCGUGUCAUUAUUGGUUUGGAUUACCCAUGCCAAUUUAAGUCUAGAACUGAUAAGAAUAAACGCAUUACUGGGAAAAUGAAAUGCUUGCGAGGAAACUGCGCAUUUCUACAAACACAGUCAUUAGACAUAUAUUGUCAGGUGAGCACGCAAUGAAAAAGAAUUUCAAUGGUAAAAGGAAUAGAAAAAUGAAUUGAUUUUGCAAUAAAGAUAAAAUUACGUGACCAGGAAAAAAAGAGACGGAAGCUUAUGGUUGGGGAAGGAGUUAUAACGGACGCACUCGCCACACGCACACCAAUGCGAUAGAAUCUCCGCCAUGGUUAGUAUGAGGCGCAAGAAAGCCGUUUGGCGUAAUUUAAAGGGGAUAAUAUAUGUGGUAGUGAUGCUAGGUAUCCUGUACACACUUCUUACAAUACAGAGCCUGGUAAUACACGACAGCACGUUGGAGGCGGGGACAGACAAGGCCGCCAAAGGUUCCCAGUUUGUCUAUCAAGUGCCAAUAGAGAUUCAAAGCUUGAACCCGGUGUACGAUGCCGAUUUAAUGUGGCUCAAUGAAAGUGAUAUUGAAAAUGAUGAUCUGAAUACAAAAACAACCAUUUCUGAGGACACACCAUCGUUGACGGUAUCCAUUUCACCGAUGCGCUAUCAUAGGCGUCCCAUAAUACCCUUGAGGCAACGCGCGAACAAAACGCUUCCCUCUGGCAUUCCAAUGAUCAUUCACCAAACUUGGAAAACUCGCCAACUCCCGCCUCGUUUUCGCAAAUGGUCUCGUUCUUGGAGGCGAUGUUUCCCGGAAUGGGAACUAUGGCUGUGGACGGAUGAAAGUAGCAAACGGUUUAUUUACAAAAGAUACCCGUGGUUUUUGGAGAAAUACAGAUCGUACGACCAGGAAAUAAAACGAGCCGACGCUGCCAGAUAUUUUAUCUUGUACCAUUUCGGUGGACUGUAUGUGGACCUCGAUUAUGAGUGUCUCAGGCCUUUUGAUCACCUCCUUGAUAUUCCUUUGGUUUUCGACUCCAUGAGAGUUGGGAACAAGUGGGCGUAUGCCAAUGGUACUUUUCCUUACGUGCAAAACUCAUUCAUGGCUUCCACAAAAGGACAUCCAUUUUGGAUGGAGGUCAUCCAAGAAAUGACCACCCGUUCCGGUGACCAGUGGCCGCAGGGGGCGACCGGACCUUACCUCAUCAUGGACACACUGAGGAACUACUCCCAAUCCCACAGCGACUUCCGGAUCUACCCUCCGCAAUAUUUCAACCCUUUCAGCUGGGACAUCUACGAUAACCCGUACUGUAAGGACCUCAAUGCUAUGACGGACAGAGAGAUUGACCUCUGUAAAAGUCAAUAUCCUGGUGCCUAUGCUAUUUCAUAUCAUACACAGACGUGGGGGAAGGGGAAGAUUCUUUGACUAC